AUGGAUGAAGAUGGAACUUUGCAGGCAAGAGUGAAGCUUCUCCAGCGCGAGAAACAGCAUAACAUGACCAACCAAUUGUCUGAGAACCUCGUGGAGCGCCUGCAACGAGCGACGCUUCAUUGUCGAGGCAAUGCAAAGAAUUUGACCAUGCCGCCAACUGAAUUGUUUUGCCAGGAUACCAGAGGCCUGAAAAUGAAGCAAGAGGUCGACUUACGUAACUUCACUAAUGCCUCAAACGAAUGGUUAUUCACUAUCGCGUCGCAUCCUGCUGCAAAUGGUUCUAGUACCUUUCGGACGCUUGUACUGGCAGGAACUUCCAUCACCGACACUGGUAUUUUGCCACGCAUUGACAGACGAAGGUUUGAACACCAUCCGACGGCAAUUGAAUUUACUCCAAGUGCUUCGUCUCAACGAAUGCCACCAUUUUUCCAGUACCGUUCUCAGUAA